AUGAUGCAUCGUCGGCCAGUCUGCAGGCUAUCGCGUCGGGCUGAGUGGUCAAAUUCAGCCUACCGAACGCCCUCUUUAACAGCUCUCACAGUCCGACGGACCUUGCGGUCGUCUGCGGCGCUUUGGAACUCAUCAGACCCAUCGGAUGGGAACGGCGAUGGCACUGCUUCAAAUCCAGCGCCGGCGAAGCCCAAGUUCGGCAGCCGAUGGGGCCCUAAACAAACUACGCCAUCGGCGGGCUUGAGUUUCGCAGAACAAGCUAUGCGCCAAACCCUUGUCGCCAAUAGCCAACCGCCACCGCCGCCGCCAGCACCUGCACCACCGCAACGGAGCCGAGAACAGUCUAAUCUGCAAUGGAACUCGGGGCAAUCAAAUCAGCAGAGGAAACCAUACGCGCGGCGCGUGGGCCCUCGGGAUAAUCAUGGCUAUAUGAUGGGACCAAAAGAGACCCCACGAAAUCAGGAGCGGAACUUGUCCAUCCAAGAAAAAAAUCCGUUUGAAAAAGAAAAUGCAGGUAACUACAUGAGUUGGUCAAAAGGAACCCCGCGGAAUCAGGAGAGGAACCCGUUCACUCAAGAAACCCCGUUUGAAAAAGAAAAUGCAGGUAACUAUAUGGGCUGGUCAAGAGCAACCUCACGGGAUCAGGAGAGGAAGCCGUUCACUCAAGAGAAAACCCCUUUUGAAAAAGAGAAUCCAAGCGGAUACAUGAGAUCAAGAGAACCCCGACGUUAUCAGGAGAGGAAUCCAUCCACUCGGGAAAGGAAACCGGCUUUUGAAGAAGAGAACCCAUUUGCACCUGAAAACACACAGAACAGAUUCCAGGGCCAAUUCCAGAGCAGGGCGAUUAAGGACCAUUCAAAGGCCCGCGACGACUGGAACUGCCCUCAGUGUAUGGCACGCGUUUUUGCCACUAAGAAAGUGUGUCCAUUCUGCAAAACCUCUCGACCCGGUGACGCCCAGCCAAAGUUCCGAAUGACUAGAGAGUAUAGCGAUUCUCCCGGACCUUCGCAAUUCAAACACUCUCGAUCCCCUUCUGAGUAUACUAGAAAGUUCCAGCAAUUAGGGGAUUCAGUUUUAUCCGAGUUGGAACAAGAUGCUCAGCCGAAUACAACAGAAAGCACGGGGCGCAAUUCUGGCGAAUCUGACCGAUCCCAAACGAAAGAGGAAAUUGAAAAUUUCAAGAAGAACCAAUGGUCUUGGGAUAUGUCUGCAUUGGAGCAGCUAGAAAAUCUAGAGGCACAAGAACAGCAGCAGCAGCCGAAGCCUAUGAAGCGCCGUGAUGGGCGCAAGGGACGUCAGAGUGGGUCUGAUGGGGCUGACUUUGACUCGGAAGAUCGCGAGCGCCUCCGCGUAGAGCGGCGACGCCAACAGAAAGAAAAGGAAACUCAAAGGGCCGCGAAGAAGGCCGCGGCGCUGGCAGCACCGGCUCCUCUCUACCUGCCCGAAUUCAUCAGUGUUAGCAACUUAGCCGAUGUCAUUGGCGUGCGGCCGGCGCAGUUUGUGCAGCGAAUGGAGGAGAUGGGCUUUGAGGAAAUCACGUAUAGGGAUGUUCUCGAUGCAGAAACUGCCGGAUUGGUAGCAGCCGAGUUCAAUUACGAGGCCAUCUUCGACAGUGGCAAAGCAGAUCUACACGCUGCCCCCGAACUAGAGGAUACAUCUGAUCUGCCACCUCGGCCACCAGUGGUCACUAUUAUGGGUCACGUUGAUCACGGAAAAACUACUAUCUUGGAUUGGCUGCGCAAUUCAUCUGUGGCAGCGUCUGAACAUGGUGGCAUCACCCAGCAUAUUGGUGCGUUCUCCGUAAUGAUGCCUUCCGGGAAAGCCAUUACCUUCCUUGAUACCCCCGGUCAUUCUGCAUUUUUGGAAAUGCGUCGCCGAGGUGCCGACGUGACCGAUAUUGUGGUGCUUGUGGUCGCUGCGGACGACAGUGUCAAGCCGCAAACUAUCGAGGCCAUCAAGCAUGCCACUCAAGCGAAGGUUCCCGUCAUUGUCGCCAUUAGCAAAAUUGACAAGGAGGAUGGCAACCCCGACCGAGUCAAGGGUGAUCUUUCUAUUCAUGGUAUUCACGUGGAGGACUAUGGAGGUGACGUUCAGGCCAUUGGUGUCAGCGGCAAGACCGGACAAGGAAUGGUUGAAUUGGAAGAAGCCAUCGUUGCGCUUUCAGAAAUGCUCGAUCACCGCGCAGCCACCACCUGUAAUGUCGAAGGCUGGGUCAUCGAGGCCUCCACAAAGAGCUAUGGACGUGUAGCAUCCGCUCUGAUUCGACGUGGAACCUUGCGGCCAGGCGAUAUCAUUGUUGCUGGUACCGCAUGGGCUCGUGUCCGCACCCUCCGCAAUGAAGCUGGUGUGACCAUCAGUGAAGCCACUCCUGGAAUGCCCGUCGAGAUUGAUGGUUGGAGAGAGCAGCCAGGUGCUGGCACUGAGAUCCUACAGGCACCAAACGAGCAAAAAGCCAAGGACGUCGUAGAUUACCGCUUGGAGAGAUCUGAUACCCAGAAGAUGGGUGUCGAUAUGGUUGCCAUCAACGAGGCUCGUCGUGAACUUCUCGAGAAGCGCAGGCGCGAGAAAGACGACGACGAAACAGAGAAGGAAGUCGAACCAACCGGUCCCAAGUCGGUCAAUUUCAUCCUAAAGGGCGAUGUGGACGGCUCGGUGGAGGCGGUCUUGAACUCCGUUGCAGCAGUCGGCAACAAUGAAGUCUUUGCCAAUAUCAUCCGUUCGGGUGUUGGCCCUGUCAGUGAAUUCGAUAUCGAACAUGCUGGCAGUGCCAAUGGCAAGAUCAUCUCAUUCAAUCAAGCCAUUGAUCCUAAUAUCAUGCGUAUUGCAGAGGCGGAGGGCGUCGAAAUUUUGGACCACAACAUCAUUUACAAACUGAUUGAUGACAUCAAGGGUAUUCUCAGUGAAAAGCUGCCUCCAACCAUCACAAUGCGUGUGACCGGAGAAGCUGAGAUCCAGCAGGUCUUCGAGAUCACUGUCAAGGGACGUGAAAAGACAGCUAUUGCUGGAAGUCGUGUGCGUAACGGUCUGAUCAACAAAACUCGCAAGGUCAGGGUGCUUCGCGGAGAGGAGAUAGUCUACGAUGGCACAAUGGUUUCUCUCAAGAACGUCAAGAAAGACGUCACUGAAAUGCGCAAAGACACAGAAUGUGGUAUCGCUUUCGAAAACUGGACAGAUUUCGCACCUGGUGACCAUGUCCAGUGCUACGAAGAGAUCUCCGAGAAGCGAUAUCUGUGA